AUGCUCUACAAUGAGAAGAAAGGCGUGAACUACAGCACUCAGGCGCAGCCAAGCAAGAUCGCGCUUAUGGAACCUGCAACUCAAGAACUCACGAUCGAAAGCACCGAUGCAACAGCAACCUCUGUCAAAGCCUGUCUGCAAAGCACUGUUGGAUCCGGCUGCGAGAAGAAAGAAUCCUACGACGUCCAAUGA